AUGAAGAUCGCAUUUCUCUUGGUUUUUUGUUGCUGCCUUUUUACUUUGGCCUUUGGACAUGACAUCGCUGGCACCAAGGCCCCUUUUGUGCGCAGUCGUUACAGCUUACGUUGGCGUAAGACUACGACAGUGAUGCCAGAGACUACAACUGGGCGUGUCGUCGAAACCGUUACGUCAACGGAACGUCGGAAAGUGGGCACCUCUACAACCAGUCCGGAUUACGAUUACUAUGGCAACGGCGAAGCAGAUAAUAUUGUGCAUAAGUAAACAAUAAUUACAAGUCUGUCAAUGUCAAAGUG